UGAUAAGUAUUAUAGAUCUUAUAGAUUCAUCGAAUGUCAUAGAUACAGAUAAAUUACUUUUAUUACUUUACUGGUGUAAUAAUGUAACUUGUUUACCAGUAGAUAGAAUAAAACUUGCAGAAUCUUUAUGGAUAAUUUUAACUGUAUGCAGUAUGUUUUUAAUAUAUUAUUUAUAAUUUUAUAAAAUAUGUAAUAUUAUUAUAUGAAAUAUAUAAGAAAUAUGUAAUAUAAGAUAAAAACAAAAUUUAAUAUAUUUUUUAUAUUUAUUUUGGAUUCAAAGAUUUCAAGAUAUCAGUACUCCAUUAUAAUAUACUUUUAAAAUUAUAUAUAGAAAAUGAACAUAAUUUCUCAAUUAUAAACUUAUUAAAGGACAUGACACAUAAAAAAAUUUAUCCAAAUGAAAAUACAUAUGAAAUAUAUAUUAAAUAUUACUGUAUGAAAGGAAAUAUUAAUAAAGCAUUAAUGCUUCUACAUGAUAUGAGAAAAUUAAAGUUUUCUAUAUCAAAAUCUAUUUUUGAUUUAUUAAUGUUAGGAUAUUCUCAAUCUGGAGAUAUAAAAAAUGUAAAUAAUAUUCUAAAUAUAAUGAAACAAUAUAAAUUAAAUGCAACUAAUGAAACAUAUGCUAUUAUUAUGUAUACUUAUGCUAAAUUAAAUAAUAUUGUUAAAAUCAAAGAAAUAAUUAAAGAUUGUAAUUUAAAUAACAUAUAUUUUAAUAAUAUAAAUAUUUUGAAAAUAAUUUAUAUAUUAGCAGAAAAUAAUUACAUUGAAGAUAUUAAUGUUAUCUAUAAAUAUCUAAAAAAAAAAAAGAUCAUUUCAAAUAAUGAAAUAGAAAUCAUAUUAAAAAUAAUAAAUAUUAAUUAUAUAAAUAUAGCUAUAAAGGCACUUUCAAACAUAGGUUUAAAUAAUGAACAUCCUCAAUUUGAAAGUAUUCUGAGAUUAAUUUUAAAACAUAUAAUUAAUACUAAAAUGGUAAUUGAAGAUAUUAUUUUGUUUUGUAAUUUUACGGGAAAUAAAGAGAUAUUCAAAAAAUAUUUUUUAAUAUCAUUAUAUUAUUCAUUAAAGAAAGAUGACAAUUUGUCUAUUCUUUUGCUCAAAAUAUGUAAAAAAUAUUAUUUAUUACGCCCACAUUACUUUUGGCCACUUUUAGUUAGGCAAGCAAAUAAAUAUAAUGUACAAGGUAUUUUAAAUCUUCUUGAGAUAAUGAUUAAUGAUUUUAAUAUAUUGCCUUGUAUUGAUACAAUUACUGAUUAUGUUUUACCAUUUACAUAUGGAAAAGUGAUUGAUAUAAGAAAACUAUUAAUGAAAUAUAAAAUAAAUGAAACUAUAAUUAAUAAUUCUUAUGUAUUAUUUUUAUUGAAAAAGAGAAAAAUAGCAGAAGCUGCUAGAUAUAUGCAAUAUUUUAAAGGUGAAUAUUUUUAUAAAAUAAUUGCUCCUGAUCUUAGAUUUUCUGCAAUUUUUAAAAAUGAUGUAUUAAAUUUUUUAUAUAUUAGUUGUAAUGUAAUGGAAAAUAUAAAUCCAAAUUCAACACUUAUAUUAAGCAACAAAUCAUCUUACACAAUAUUUGUAUCUAUGGACAAACAAUUACAUGAAUUUAUGAUUGAUUUUCCAUCUCAAAAAUUAUGGAUGAUGAAGAUAAUAAAGCAUUUAAUAAAUUAUGAUAUUAAUUUAAAACUUGAAACAGUGAAUACAAUAUGUGAAUAUUUGGGAUGUGUUAUGGGAACAAUUAAGAUGAAGAUUUUUGAGAUAUUGAUUUCAAGAUUGAUCAGUGUUUUUUGUUAAUAAAUUGUUGACAAAUAAAACCGAUAUUUUUAUAUUUGAGACAACCUGUGUAUAUAUAUAUGGUAGUAAAAAAUCAAUUAAGUAAUAACUAAAUGAAAGAAAUAUUUUAUUAAAUUAAUUGUUUAUUACAUUUUUAUUUUUUUAAAUAUUUAUUUUUUUUGAAUUUCUUGUUAAAUAAAGGUAUAAAAAAUAAUAUCAAUCCACUAAUAAUAAUCAUACCAUCUAUAAUAUAAAAUUCAGGAUCAUAAGAUUGAAGUCCAUCAUAUAACCAUCCUAAAAAAUAAAAAAAAUUAAUUAUAAAAAAUUAUAUGAUAUUAAAAACUAUAAUUAUUGUAUACACUCCUGCAAUGAAUGGUCCUAAAAGUGAAGCAAAACUUUGAAAUAACAAAAGCUGACCAAAUGUAUUAGUGGGUUGAUUUAAAUCACUAAUAAAUCUACUAAAAUCACUGACAUAAAACUAACAUAAACUUCAGAUGUAAAUCCAAAUGUAAAAGAAUGUAGUGUGAAUAAUGUGAAAAAAGCACAAAAUGUACUGAAUUUUAUAAGUUCUAUUUUAUUAGAUAAACUUUUAAAAAAUUUAUGAAUAUGAAUUUCACUUUUUCAUUAUGCUUUUGUUAAAUUAGAUAAUUGUGUUAAUUUAGAUAAUAUAAUAUAAUAUAAAUAAUUGUUAUUGUAUUAAAAGAAUUUUAUAUUUAUUUUUUUUGAAUAAAAAGAAAUUUAAUUAA